AUUUCUGCUUAUCUUUAAUACUGGACUGAAAAGCAGGUCUUGCUCGAGCAGUGAUCGAGUCACGUGACCUCGUAACGCCUCGCUGGCAGGAUGGAAUGCAGAACAGUCAAACUGUAACUCCAGUCCACGGGUUUGACUAAUACUCUCGGUAACAAUGGAGAAGGAAGACCUGUAUUCGCUUUAUCACGGACUUUUACUCCCUACGAUUUCACACACCGACGAGAGUCUGAAAUAUUUUGAGUCGUUUCAAGUGCAGGACGAUGAUGUGAUUGCAGUUACUUAUCCCAAAUCUGGUACAACAUGGAUGCAGGAAAUUCUUCCCCUGCUCCUGAAUGGAGGGGAUUUGACUCCAGUACUGACCAUCCCAAACUGGGACAGAGUGCCAUGGCUUGAGGAGUCACGUAUUGCUGAAACUGCAAAGAAGCUGAGUGCUCCACGGGCCUUCGCUUCCCAUAUGCCUUAUCAUCUGAUGCCUUCUUCUUUCUUCUCAUCUAAGGCUAAGGUCAUUUAUGUGUCUCGAAACCCAAAAGAUGUCCUGGUUUCCACUUUUCAUUUCCACCAAAUGGCCAGUUUUCUACAUGACCCAGGAGCCUUUGAGGAAUUUGCGGACCAAUUUCUAGCCGGAAAUGUGAUAUUCGGAAAGUGGACUGAUCACGUGAAGAGCUGGAGAAACACGGAUUUGGGUGACAGAAUUCUUUACGUCACGUAUGAGGAGAUGAUUCAGGAUCUACAUGGGGUUCUCGGACGCAUGUUACUCUUCCUUGGUAAGAGCAUGAGCAAAGACGCUCUGAACCAUGUGACUGAACACUGUACGUUCAAAACCAUGAAGCAAAACAAAAUGUCCAACUAUUCACUGGUGCCAAAGGAUGUAAUGGACAGCAAGAAGUCUGCAUUUCUCAGAAAAGGAAUUGUUGGAGAUUGGAAGAAUUAUUUCAGCCCAGAGUUGGAGUCGAAGUUCAACACAGCUAUUUCUGAAGAAUUAAAGGGAACGGACAUCACAUUCCCCUGGGAUGAGGAACACAGAUAACAUCCCACUGCUUAAAAUGAUGAUAAAUGUAACAAUUGCAUUAUACCAAAUGUGCACUUUUUAAAUUAUAAAUGUAUGAUUUCUUAUUUUAAUUUCUUCAAAAUCUGCAAAAAAAAGUAUCCGAACACAGAACACAGAACACAGUCGGUUUAUUGCUAAAUUACGAUGUGUAGAAAAACAUCAUUCCCUCGUAUCUUCUUGCACUAGUCCAAAGGUCUGUGGUUAUAAAAACGUUUCUUGUCUUCCAAACACCACAAUACAAGCAAGAGAAUUCAAAACUUCCAAAUAAAUCCUUAUCCUGUAAAGCAGUACGUUUCAAGGUAAUAGAUAACCUGCUGUCGUGUCCAAAAGUAUUGGAACAACAAGGCAAAUUCCUGUACUUUUUGCUGUAAACUGAAGGGAAAAAAAUAAUCUGCAAUCCAUUACUCUUAAACAUUCAACAAUUAGCUAAGCAAAAAUAUACAUUUUCUAAUUUUUUACUUAUUUUACUUUA